AGGGGUGGGGAGUGGGUAAACAAUGUCCUUUCUUGGCAAUGAAUGGGGGAGAGGCUAAAAUGAUGAAGGAUGGAAAAGUUUUCAGAGUUAUUCAAGAAAACUGCUGGGAUCCUGAGGUUCGGAUUAAACAGAUGAACAAAUCAGGAGUCACUGCCCAGGUUCUGUCUACUGUUCCUGUCAUGUUUAGCUAUUGGGCCAAGCCACAAGAUACCCUAGAUCUCUGCCAAUUAUUAAAUGACGACUUGGCUGCCACCAUAAAGAAGUACCCAAAGAGGUUUGUUGGCCUUGGUACACUCCCCAUGCAAGCUCCAGACCUGGCUGUGAAAGAAAUGCAUCGCUGUGUGAAGGAGCUUGGAUUUCCUGGUGUGCAGAUAGGAUCCCAUGUCAACAACUGGGACUUGAAUGUCCCAGAACUCUUUCCAGUCUAUGCUGCUGCUGAGCAAUUAAACUGCUGCAUCUUUGUACAUCCCUGGGAUAUGCAGACAGAUGGAAGGAUGUCUAAAUAUUGGCUUCCCUGGCUUGUAGGCAUGCCCUCUGAAACAACCAUUGCCAUUUGCUCUAUGAUUAUGGGAGGAAUUUUUGAAAUUUUCCCCAAACUGAGAGUUUGCUUUGCCCAUGGUGGUGGUUCUUUUCCUUUCACAGUAGGGCGCAUUUCCCAUGGAUUCAACGUGCGACCUGACUUAUGUGCUUUGGAUAAUAAAGUUGAUCCAAAAAAAUACCUUGGUUCAUUCUACACUGAUUCACUCGUCCAUGAUCCACAUGCCCUGAAGCUUCUGAUAGAUGUAAUAGGAAAGGACAAGGUAAUACUUGGAACAGAUUAUCCUUUUCCAUUAGGGGAACAAAAACCUGGAAAACUGAUAGACUCCAUGGAUGAGUUUGAUGAGGAUCUAAAGGAUAAGCUGAAGUUUGACAACGCUCUCACAUUUUUGAAUCUUGACAGAAAGCAGUUUGAAUUGCAUUAA